AUGGGAACAACUAAGAAACGACCAACAUCAAAACGGAACAAUUCUCGACAAGCUGCACUUUCGUUUCUCACCAAUAUUACUCUGGGAAGCGAGCAUGAAGUGCCUAAAUUAGCAUCACCUACGACCCUGAAUUACUCUGAUCAUGAUACCGCACCAAAGAACCCCAACUUGACUCGAUACGGCACUCUAUCAGUGGCUCCAACACCCGUCAAAAUGUAUCCAUUAGAGUCGUCAGACUCCAACUCGACCAUGGAGGAGAACACUCCCAUUACUCUCACUGUCAAUACCAGCAGAAACUUUACGCCCAUUGAGAGAAGAAGGUGCCGACGAGCUUCCACAUCUGACAACUUUUAUCAUCGCCGUCUGUCCAGCAGUGAUAGCAAUACAUCUUCAUCAGAAAUUGUGCAGCACAAACUAACGAGAGAAGAUAGCGAGCGCCCCAUUGCAUCCGAGAAAAUUAAAAGACGAUCAGACCAUCAAGCAACAAGCAAUUCUGAAACAACAGCAUCCAUGAGUUUUAUGUCUGUAUUCCGCUACUACAAAGGGAUCAUCAGACAGCCACGACGAAAGGCAGAUUUGCAUUACUAUCAUCGGCACUAUCCCAGUUACUUUCACCAGCAUUUAUCCAGCAUGAACGCAAAGCACAGAAAAGGCAUCUCCUAUGGCCAUUUUCUACUGCAUGCCAGCGAGGGCGAAGACGAGGACGACGAGGACGACGAGGAGACUGCCGAAGACAGCGCUCAAAGUGAGGUCUUGCCUCAGCUGCAAAAACUGGUCUACGAUCCGUACUAUAUCAACGAUGAUUUACGCCUAUUACAGCAAACAAAUAUGUUGCCUCAGAGUUCUGGUGCUAGCAUCACGCGAUCAUCACCUCCUCUAAGCAAACAGAAAUCAAAUGAGCUAUUCCAGCAGUCGCACCCAGACGUUCAAAUCACAUUGUCAAAAAUCAAUGCCAUCAAGACCCAUUUACUCAAUAUCGGAAAGCAAGUCGAUUUGGAAAUAUCUAGUAUUGCCCACGCUUUUGUUUAUUUCGAGAAACUGAUACAAAAGCAGAUUGUCACCAAGCAAAACCGUAAACUUUUAGGUGCUUGCUGUCUGUUCUUGGCUAUCAAAGUCAAUGAACCAAAGGGACUUAAAUUCGAUACUUUGUUAGAGGCAAUUUCAGCAGAGCUGUACGUCAAUUCCAAAGACAUUCGAAGCCAUGAGUUUGCCGUGUUUGCAGACCUGGAAUUUAACCUGUAUGUCCCUGAGAGAGAGUUUAUGCCACACUUUGAUAGUAUCGUUCAAACUUGGAAAAUUCAGUGUAUCGAGGAUUACCUCGGCCCAGUCCCCUUUUACAUGUUUACAGCCAACGAAUAA